AUGGCUCCUUUCGCUACUACUUACUCGUGGCCCACGGACCCUCGUGUUGCAAGGGUUCAAGCCAUCGGCAAGCUUGGUGGUCUCGAGAUCGUCAGCCAUCCUGACUUCCAGAUGGGUGUUACCAACAAGUCGGAGGAAUUCUUGGCCAAGUUCCCCCUCGGCAAGAUCCCCGUUAUGGAGACUGCCGACGGCUUCUGUAUCGCCGAGUCGGCGGCCAUGGCCUACUACGCCGCUGCCGCUGGCAACCUCGCCGACCAGCUGCUCGGCACCGACGCCAAGACCAAAGGUAAAAUCAUGGAGUGGGCAUUCUUCGCCGACACCGAGCUGUUGGCCAACUGCAUGCCCGUCUUCGUCAUGUGCGUCAUAAAGCUGUACCCGGCCGACGAGAACCGCUACAAGUCCUGCGUCGCCAGCGUUGAGCGUGCCCUCGGCAAGGUCGAGGUCACCCUAGCCAAGGGCAACGGCAAGUACCUUGUCGGCGACAAGCUCACCUAUGCCGACUUUAUGGUCUUUGCUCCCCUGUUCUUUGCUGCCGGCUCCCUGUUGGACGCCGAGAUGCGCAAGUCUGCUCCCACAGUCGUCAAAUAUCUUGAAAACCUGGCCGCCAUUCCCGAGAUCAAGGAGACAUUCGGUGAGCUUAAGUUUGCCGAGAAGAGGCCCUGCUCAUGCGAAAUGCCGCAGAACCCGACCGGAGCAAGGGGUGGCUCGUCCCUUAAAGACAACUGCCUCGUUCGCUCAUACCUAGACUUCAAGGCUUGCGGCAAGAAGGUCCGCGAUGGCCUCAAGAGGGAGUCCAAAGUGCUUUGUGAGCAUUUGAAGCCAUCUCAAGCUACCUUGUACAGAGUUCCGACAUUCGAGUGCACCAACUUCCAGGACGAUGGCAGCCUGUUUGAGGAGGAGAGCCACAGAAACUUUGCUAGGGGUGAUUUCUAUCCCGUCCAGCUCGGUCAGAUGAUAAAGGGCACCUCUUAUCAAACUCUCGUCAAGCUCGGCUGGGGUGAGUCUUCCACAGCCUGGAUGGCAUUCGACCUCAGGUCAGAAACAUUUGUUGCGCUCAAGAUCUGCACCCGACUCUCCCCUGAGUCCGACCGACAAGAGGACUGCCAACGCCGAAUGUCGAUACACGCCAACCCCAAGCAUCCAGGCUAUCCCUUUAUCAACCACACCCGACCCGUGGAGCCGAUCCGUCGACCCGGCGGCCCGACGAGCAAGCCCUCUGCCGACCUGAUUCCCAGCGACGAGCGUCACGCCUGCCUGGUGCAGAAGCUCAUGUGGCGGUACUGGGCGACGGUCUGCUCCAGCGCGUGCUGGCGCAACCACCACCUCCGCCGCGGCGCCAGGCAGCUGCUGCUCGCGCUCGACUACCUGAACACCGAGUGCGGGCUCGUGCACGGCAACAUCUGCGAGGCCCACGUCGGGUACAGGGUGCCGCUGAACGAGACGGUCGUCAGGGAGACGCUGGGUCUGGUCCGGAGGCCGCAGAGCAGGACCACGGCCGCCCGGCCCUACGUCAAGACGGUUACGGCCCGGGACUGCACCGACUUUACGCUCUAUCGGUCGACGCCGUUUGACGAGGACAAGCUCGGCAACACCACCAACUUUUCCAAGGUGCUUUUGGGGAGCUUUGGGCAGGCGAGAGUGGCGUAUGAGGUUUGGGACCCUGAGGGUACUCCAAAAUCCAUGUAUACGGCGCCCGAGAUUCUUUUGGGUCUUGAGGUGACAUUCGCUGCUGAUGUUUGGAGCUUGGGUUUGAUGCUCUGGAAAAUGUGGCGCAGAGAAUAUCUCAUCAAUGGAUCCCUCGGUUGUGACGAUGAUGAUCCGCUCCUUCAUUGGGACUCGACGUCACACAUGGCUUCCAUCGUAUCAAGAAUCGGACCACCACCCAUGGAAAUGCUUGAGCGAGGACGCUUCAGCAGUCGUUACUUUACUCCAGAAGGAGCUCUGCGCAUGGAAUGCACCAACCACAAGCACGAACUCAAGUUGAAGAAUGACUCUUUUGAGGACUUGAUAUGGAGUAUGGUCCGAUGGAGGCCCGAGGACAGGAAGACGCCCAAGCAGCUCCUCGACCACCCCUGGCUCAAUGAGGAGCUUUGA